AUGGAGCUUGGAGCCGAUAGGGCCACAGGCAUCAAGGGUAGCAAUCACUAUAAUAGUAUCUUCUCUACAAUAAUAAUGGCGGCCCCAAAAGAUCAUGGACCGGUCACCUUAUUGCUGACGAUGGUGCUUGUUCUCGUUGCUGCUUUGCAGGAGACGGCGGGAUUUCAACCAGCUCUGAGUGACAGUCUCAUGGGUUGGAAUUCUAAGCCGAGGACAGGGUACCAGUAUGAAGGAUUCGAAAGUGCUUCUGGUACAAACUUUAAGGGUGCUCUAGUUCUGAAUCAGCAAAGUACAAUUGCAGUUUUGCGUGCUAAGCCAAGGAGAACUGAAGCAACUGAAGAACAGCAUAAAAUAGCAAUCCUAAAGAGACUCAAAAUGAACAAGAAGGAGAUUGACAGCCUCAUUACAAAAUGGCCAAAUAUUCUGGCGCUCAAAGAAGAAAAUAUCCUACAAACAGCAAAUUGGAUCCAAGAUUAUCUACAAUCCAUUGCGAGGUAA